AUGGCAGGACCCCGCAUCCCAUCCUACGCUGAGAUCAAUGCGGCACUCACAGCCAAGGGCUCGCCGUUCGAGACCAUCGAGGUCGACAUGCACGGCGUCAAGCAGAUCGCAUUUAAGAAUCAAGUACCAACCUACGGGCACUUGUACGCUCGGUCCAUCGACAAGUAUGCGGACCGCGUGUGCGUCUCAUCGCCAGUCGGUAACCCUACCAAGGCUAUUGCGGGCGAACGCGAGUACCUGACGUAUCGGGAGAUGGGCGAGCGCGCGUACGCGCUCGCCGGCUGGAUGCUCGAGCAGGGCGUGCGGGCUGGAGACCCCGUCGCUGUCGGAGGUCUCAACACUGCCAAGCUCAUCAUCGCGUUGGUCGGUCUCCACCUCCUCGGAGCCGUGCCCCUUGUACUGAACGCUACUCUCACGGGCGACGCGCAGGUGCACUGCGCCACCCUUACGCGGUGCAAGCUAAUUCUCGUGGAUGUCAAGGCUGGAGAGGCUAUUGGGCCUGUUCGCGACCAACUCGAUGCCCGCGGUGCUGGCCCCACGUACUGCUGGGAAAGCCUCGACUUGCUCCCGCCUGCAGCGCGUGCUGGUUGCAAGGAACUCAUAGUCAACCCAUCUCCAGCGUCUGUUGAGGAGGUCAAGAGUGGGCGCGCUCGGGCGAGCGUGACCCCAGAGAGCGAUGCCAACAUCUUCCUCACUUCUGGAACGACAAGCAUGCCCAAGGGUGUGCUGCUGACCCACCGCAUCUGCAUGCAUUCCAACACGUCUGCCGAGUAUUCGGUUGCACGCCACGCGAUGCGUCUGGGCGCGACGUACGAGAUGGCGAUUGCGGCCGCAACGACGCCGCCUGAGGAACAGGGCGUGUUCCUCCUCCCCGUCCCUCUGUUCCAUGUGACAGGCUACAUCGGCCUCAACCGCAACUUUGUCAACGGUGGCAAGAUUGUGCUCAUGCGUCGUUGGGAUCCCGAGGCAGCCAUCGACCUCAUGAUCAAGGAGAAGGUGACGUCGAGCACGGGCGUUCCAUCGAUCUUCCAGAGCAUCCUGCAGUCUCCAGGCCUCAAGGACAAGAUCAAGCUGCAGGGAGUCAGUAUUGGUGGCUCCCUCCCGCCUGAACGCCUGCCGGGAGACAUGGAGAAGGCGUUCCCCGAUCUCUACAUGAUCACAGCGUUUGGGAUGACAGAAACGAUCGGUGCUCACGUUACCCUCGCCGGCCCAGACCUUCGGCGCAAGCCCCACGCGGCUGGUAUCACUAUGCCCACGGGCCAGCUGAAGAUUGUCGACCUAGAGACGCGCGAGGAAUGCCCGCCAAACGUCCCCGGCGUCAUCUUGAUGAAAGGCUCCAACGUGUGCAAGGGCUAUAUCAACAACCCUGAGGCGACGGCCGCCGCCCUCACCAAGGACGGGUGGCUUGACAGUGGCGAUAUCGGCUUCCUGGACGAUGAGGGGUUCCUGGUUGUUUGUGACAGGCAGAAGGACAUUAUCAUUCGUGCCGGCGAGAACAUUUCCAGUGCAGAGGUCGAGCACGUCAUCUACUCUGACGACCGGAUCGCUGAGGCUGCCGCUGUAGCGGUUCCUCACGACUUGUGGGGCGAGCUUGUCGGUGUGGCUGUGACUCUUGCACCUGGUGCGACAGCCACGCCAGAGAGUAUCCUCGAGCUCGCCAGGCCCCGCAUUCGCGGGCCCGCACAACCUGCCAUCAUCGCCAUCUUUGACGAGCCUCUCGCACGUAAUGCCAACGGCAAGAUUCUCAAGACUGAGAUCAAGAAGGACGUCGUUGCGCGUUGGGAGGCACAGGGCCGCGACGGCGGAGCGGUCCGAGCCAAGCUGUAG